AUGUCUGCAGAGUCGCCUGUAAGACCGUCGCGACGAGCGGCGUCCCGGAGAAAGGUCGUUCUGGACGAAGACGACUCAGAUGUCGAAAACAGUGUCGCUAGCCAGGCACAGGACGAAGACGAUGAAGAGGAGUUCACACCUGCGCCGAAGAGCGCGAGAUCGCCAAGGCGGAAGACUGCAGGAGAUGCCACUCCGCGACGCAGGACUACGAACGGCCGACGGACGAAAGCUGAUGAAUCUGAAGCGUCAAUUGAGCCUUCCCAGGUCUUUAGCCCUCCUCCCGAGAGCGUAGCAGACGAGCCAUCGUCCCCCGCGAAGAAGGCAGCGCCAAAGAGACGCAGUGUCAAGGAUGCACGAGCCGCGCGUAAGAGUAGGGCCUCGCGCGUUUCUAUAGCACCUGAUGCGCCAGAGCUCGAACCCAGCCUUCCCACACCGCAACCAACCGCCUCCCCAGAGCCGAGAUCACCGACCUUGCGGCAAGGAACACCAUUGACAGAUAUCACCGAAUCAGCCAUCAACGAGCAAACGCCGAGACCAACAUCGCGAAAUCAGACACCUGGCGAGGACGCCCCAGAUGCGACAGAGAACCCAGAGACUCCGAAAGCAUCUCACAACAACACGCCAACCAAGAUGGAAGACGAUCUCGAUAUUGACAUGACCGAUGUUCCAGAAGCUCCCAGGACAGAGUCAAGAGUGGAAGUGAAGAAGAUUGAUCCCAACAUCACCAAGCUAGAGAGGCCAAUGGAUAUUGUCGUUCGAAAGAGAGCAAUCGGCGUGCCGCAAACACAAGAACCCGCCGAAGCAAAGCCAAGAAUGACCAUCACAUACCUCAUUUUGACCAACUUCAAGUCAUAUGCUGGACGGCAGGAGGUCGGUCCUUUCCAUGCAUCGUUCUCUUCCGUGGUUGGACCAAAUGGUUCUGGCAAGAGCAAUGUCAUCGACUCGCUGCUCUUUGUCUUCGGUUUCCGUGCGAGUAAGAUGCGACAAGGCAAGAUCUCGGCCCUGAUCCACAACAGCGCGCAGUACCCAGACCUUGACUACUGCGAGGUUGAAGUCCAUUUCCAGAUGGUCAUGGAUGAAUCUAAUGGCGAAUCCACGGUCGUCCCAGACUCGCAGCUGGUUGUCUCUCGACGGGCUUUCAAAAACAACAGUAGCAAAUACUAUAUCAACGGCAAGAACUCGGAUUUCACGACCGUGACGACACUCCUCAAGGACCGUGGCAUUGACUUGGACCAUAAGCGAUUCUUGAUUCUGCAGGGUGAAGUCGAAUCAAUCGCCCAAAUGAAGCCCAAGGCCGCGAACGAACAUGACGAUGGAUUGCUGGAAUACCUUGAGGACAUCAUUGGUACAUCAAAGUACAAGACGCCCAUCGAAGAAGCUGCAACCGAGACUGAGGCUCUAAACGAAGUCUGUUCAGAAAAGAGCAAUCGGGUACAGCAUGUCGAAAAGGAGAAGAAUGGCUUGGAGAGCAAGAAAGACAAGGCUCUCGCGUAUCUUCGUGAUGAGAACGACUUGGCUUCCAAGAAGUCUGCUUUGUACCAGAUUUACGUUGCGGAAUGUGGUGACAACAUUCAAGUCUCAGAGGAGGCUAUCGGUCAAAUUCAGGAACAGCUCAACGAUGAGUUGAACAGGCACAACGGGGCCGAGGAAGAGAUCAAGGCAAUGGAAAAGCAGCACAAGGCUGAGUCCAAGACCUACGAGAAGAUGGCCAAAGAAACGCAGGCCCUGACAAAGCAAGCCAACGAUCUCGAGAAGCAAGCCGUCAAGUUCGAAGAGCAGAAGAAACAUCACAAGAAUAAGCAGAAGAAGCUCGAGAAGACUCGCGAUACAUCUACAUUUGAGAUCUCCCAAUCAGACACUCUGGCUACGCAAGCUACAGCGGACAUCGAACGGCUCUCUGGCGAAAUAGAGGACAUCGAACAGGAGAUGCAGGCAGAAGAUCAGGAGUUGGCCAAGAUUCGUGAAUCACUGAAAGGCAAGACUCAAGGCAUCAGUGACGAGAUUGCUGCGAAACAGAAGCAACUUGAACCAUGGAACGCCAAGAUAAAUGACAAGCAAUCUUCGAUCGCCGUCGCGCAGAGCGAAUUGGAUAUUCUGCGAGAGCGAGAGAAUGCCGGUGCCACGGCAAUUGCUGACGUGGAGGCUAAGAUCGCAGACCUUCAGGAGAAGCGGGAAGCAAAGGCUGCGGAGAUUGAAGAGUGCAAGAAGCAGCGCAAGGCAGCUGAGAAAGAAGCCCAAAACGCUCAGAAGAAGCUCGACGAUGUGGCAGCGAAAGAACCUGCUCUGAAAUCAAAGCUAUCGAAUGCUAGGCAAAAGGCAGAUGAAGCACGAGCAAGCUUGUCGGCGACACAGAGUCAAGGCAAUGUCCUUGCUGGCCUCACUCGUCUCAAGGAUUCCGGGCGUGUCGAGGGUUUCCAUGGACGCCUGGGCAAUCUGGGUGCAAUCGACGCCAAGUACGACAUUGCGAUCUCCACAGCCUGCCCCUCGCUCGACAACAUGGUCGUCGAGACAGUUGAGUGUGCUCAGCAGUGCAUCGAAUACCUGCGCAAGAACAAUCUCGGCCGUGCCAACUUCAUAUGCCUCGACAAGCUACCGAAGCGUGAUCUGUCCGCAAUCGAGACUCCGGACAAUUGCCCUCGUCUCUUCGACUUGGUCAGGAGCAAGCAUGAGCGCUUCCGACCAGCCUUCCACAGUGUACUGCAGAAUACGUUGGUAGCGAAUGACUCUCAGCAAGCCGACCGUGUCGCGUAUGGUGCAAAGCGCUGGCGUGUGGUCAGCUUGGAAGGCAAGCUCAUUGAUAAGUCCGGUGUCAUGAGUGGUGGUGGCAACAGGGUCGCAAAGGGUGCCAUGUCUUCCAAGGUCGCUUCCGACACCACCAAGGAGCAAGUCUCGAGGCUCGAGGUGGACCGUGACGGCCUUGAGGAAGAGUACGCUUCUCUUCAGCAACAACACCACGAACUUGAGAGCCAUGUCAAAGAACUUCAAGGCCAACUUCCCAAGCUUGAUACUCAGGUGCAGAAGCUUGGACUCGAACUUGGCAGCAUUGAUCGCAAUAUUGAAGAUUCUCAGAAGCGCAUCCAGGAACUGUCGGCCGAGCAACAGACAGCGAAAUCCGACAAGAGCAAGCUAUCUAGUCUCGAGAAGAGCAUCGCCACCAUGGAGGAAGAGGUUGCAAAGCUCCAAUCAGAGACAGAGGGCAUCGAGGCUGAAAUCAAGGAGCUUCAAGACAAAAUCAUGGAGAUUGGUGGUGUCAAGUUGCGAACUCAGAAAGCAAAGGUUGAUGGGCUCAAAGAGCAGAUUGACGCUCUCAAUGACCGACUGAGCACCGCCGAAGUAUCCAAGACGAAGGCCGAGAAAGCUCGAGCGAAGCACGAAAAGGCACUCGCAGACGCUGAGAAAGACCUCGAAAAGAUUGCCAUCGAGCUUGAGAAGGUUGAGCAGGAUGGCAGGUCACAAAACACCGGCUCGUCUGAGAUAAGGAGACAGGAAGAGGAGGCCAAGGUUGCGCUUGAUGAGAAGCAGACUGAGUUGGAGGAACUCAAGAAGCAGAUCGAUGAAGCAACCGCAGAGCUCAACCAGACGAGAGGUGCAGAGGUCGAGAUGCGAAAUCAGCUGGAGGAGAACCAGAAGCAUCUCGCGCACAAUCAGAAGCAACAGAGACAUUGGCAGGAGAAGCUGAGCAAGCUCACGCUCCAGAACGUCAGUGAAGAAGGGGAGGAGAAGGAGCCCGAGCCAGUGCCUGAACUCUCCCGCGACGAGCUCGAGGACCUGGAUAAAGACGAUCUCAAGGCACAAAUUGCGUCUCUCGAGGAGCGCACCUCUCAACAUGUUGAGUUGUCCGUCUUGUCAGAGUACCGACGUCGCGUCAACGAGUACAACAGCAGACUUGAAGACCUCAACUCUGCCCUGACUGCUCGUGAUACGGCCAAGAAGCGCACCGACGAACUCCGCCGUCUACGACUUGAAGGUUUCAUGGAGGGCUUCUCGACCAUCUCGCUUCGACUGAAGGAAAUGUACCAGAUGAUCACCAUGGGUGGUAAUGCUGAGCUCGAGCUCGUCGACUCUCUCGAUCCAUUCUCAGAGGGGAUCCUAUUCUCUGUCAUGCCGCCCAAGAAGAGUUGGAAGAACAUUGGCAAUCUAUCUGGUGGCGAGAAGACCCUCUCAUCCCUGGCACUAGUCUUUGCGUUGCACCAUUACAAGCCUACGCCCUUGUAUGUCAUGGAUGAGAUUGACGCCGCCUUGGAUUUCCGAAAUGUCAGCAUUGUGGCGGCUUACAUCAAGGAGAGGACGAAGAAUGCCCAAUUCAUCGUCAUCUCUUUGCGCAACAACAUGUUUGAGCUUGCAUCACGGCUUGUUGGUGUUUUCAAAGUGAACCACAUGACGAAAUCUGUCGCGAUUGAAAACAAAGAUUACAUCGUCCCCCGUGUACAGAAUGCAGCCGCAUAG